CUUUUGAAGCGAGUGGCCGGGAGGGGGCUCGGCCCCGUCACUUCAGCUACAAAUGUCACAAUAACGAUGAGUGUCGGGUCCCAAACCCUCCGGGUCCGUGACCCCGUGUGCGGCACUGGGGCUGCAGCCUCGGUCAAGUUACAGUGAAGAUGAAGAUUCUCUCAUAUUGUUACAGAUCCAGAGUCAACUCCCUUCUCCCUGGUUUUAUUGUUUUCUUCCUUACUUGUUAUGUUGACAACAUAGAAUCAGCAAAGUUCACAGUGAUUGGACCCUCUGACCCUGUCACUGCCGUCCUGGGUCAGGAAGCUGUGUUACCCUGUCACCUGUCUCCCCGGAUGAGCGCUGCAAACAUGGAGGUGAGAUGGUUCCGAUCUCAGUUUGUAUCCAUUGUGCACCUGUACCGUGAUGGGAAGGAUCAGUAUGAAAGGCAGAUGCCAGAGUAUCGGGGAAGGACAGAGCUUUUGAAAGCCGGACUCACAGAUGGAAACGUUCCCUUGAGGAUUCUCAAUAUUAGUCGCUCUGAUGAAGGACAAUACCACUGCUUUUUUCAAGACGAUACUUUUUCUGAAGAAACCAUAUUGGAACUGCGAGUAGCAGGUCUGGGCUCUGCUCCUCUCAUCUCUGUUGAGGGUCACCAGGAUGGAGGGAUCCGGGUGGUUUGUCGAUCAGCUGGUUGGUACCCAGAGCCUGAGGUGCUGUGGAAAGACCUCAAUGGACAACAUUUACCAUCACUCUCUGAAACAAAAUCGAGAGGGGAUAACAACCUGUUUGAAACAGAAACUGUGAUCAUUGUAACAGAACAGUCAAACCAAAAAUUGUCUUGUUGCAUCAGGAACACCGUUUUCAAUCAAGAAAAGGAAUCAGCAGUUCAUAUAGCAGAUCCAUUUUUCCCGAGGGUGAAUUCCUGGAUGGUGGCUCUCAGUGUAAUCCUGGUGAUUUUGUUUGGUUUCAUUGGCCUCGCUGCUUAUCUCUUUAAGAUGAAAGGUAAAUGUGAGUGGGAGAAAUAUACUUUUAUCCAUCUUAUUACAGUCGAACCCAUUUAUCUCGACCUCGGGUGGAGAAGAUCUGUGGCACCUAUAGAAGACGUGAAUGUGACUCUGGAUCCAGACACGGUUCAUCCCGAGCUUGUCCUGUCUGAGGAUCGGAAAAGUGUGAGACGGGGAGACAGACGCCAGGAUCUGCCCGACAACCCUGAGAGAUUUGAUACUUGGGGCUGUGUGCUGGGCUGUGAGGGAUUCAGCUCGGGGAGACAUUCCUGGGAGGUGGAGAUGGGGGAUGGGCGAUUCUGGGCUGUGGGGGUGGCCAGAGAAUCUGUGGGGAGGAAAGGAUGGGUCAACCGUAGCCCUGAUGGGGGGAUCUGGGCUGUGGGGCGGUGGGGGGAUCAGCUCCAGGCUCUCACCUCCCCUGAGACCCUCCUGCCCCUGAGCCAGUUCCCCAGCAGGAUUCGGGUUUGUCUGGACUGUGACUGGGGGCAGGUGACAUUUAUCGAUGCUGGUGAUGGGGCCCCGAUCUUCACUUUCCCGCCGGGCUCCGGCCCUGGGGAGAGAAUCCAACCCUGGCUCCAGGUGGGAUACCAAUCCCAGCUCUGCCUGUGUCCCUGAGACAGGGGGACCCUGAAAUUAGCAUCUCUAGUCUCACACGUCCCAGUCUCUCUGACUCUGGAGGACUCCAUCUACCCAGCCCUGGCUCCUCAUUUCUGUGACCCCUGGAAGCUCCUCCUCAUCCCUGCAGCCCCAGGGAUGGGAGGGAGAGGGGGAAGAACCCCUGGGGCUGCAGGAGGGGCAGAGGGGUCCUGAGGGGCAGAGGUGGGGGCUGGGCAGGGGGUGGCACUAACAGCCAGGCUGGGGACAGGCGGAGGUGGGGAUGGCAGGGACACAGCAUGAAUCAAUCAGGGUUUGGGGGGUUGUAGAGAAGCUGGCAGCUGUGCAGCAGCAGGAAGUAUUUUGUACAGAUUGGUGGGAAUAGCUCUCAUUGGGGUCUCCCAGCCAGAGCUCCUGCUGCAGGGCCCAAGUCACCUUCCUUUGUAACUACGGGAGAGCCGGUAACACUCUAAUUGUUACACACACGCGGGAUGGGCAGGGAGAGUUCAAAAAUCAGAAGAUGAAGCAGGAUACGUUAUAUAUUGUUUUGCGCCCUCAUGUUUUGGAGGGUCAAGUUCAUGAUUUUUGGUUCUGACUCAUGAUUUUUAAGUUCUGGGGUUGGCAACACUGAGAGAGUCAUGGGUUGUGGGGGAGGGGGGCGGGGGGCAGGCUGGGCUGAACCAGAGGGAACAGAGAAAACAGGAGGAAAAGAUAAUGUAAAACAAAAUAAACAGAAUCCUGGAGAAAGGGUGAAAAUUAAAUAUAAAGACAAAGAAAGGAAAACAGUCAGAGAGGGAAAACAGCAAGAGGCAGUGCGAGGGGAAGGGAUAAACUCGGGGGAAAGAAUGGAGACCAUGAAGGGGAUGAUCCAUGACAGGGAUCAGAGGAGAGGGGAAGACACAGAGAAAUAAACAGGGAUGGGAAAUGAGGGCUAGAAAAAUGGUGACUACAAAUGAACCAUAUGACAGAGAAGGGAGACGAAAAGGGACAGAGAUUUAUAAAACAUCACUGAAGGUGCGACUGUCACUCAUUAAUUUCAUAUGUUACUUCCUUGACUUUGUUUCCAUUUUAGUUUCAUUAAAAAUAACUGUUCCCAAAACCCGUGGGUCUGUUUUCUAUUGUUGUGGGUAUUAAAGCUGCUUCUCAGCUCCUGUGCACUCUGACGGGUAUUUAUAGUAA